UUACUAACAAUGUCCACGUGGCACCUACUCACAGCACGCAUUCGGCCGCCCUCCAUUCACAUUCACACUCUCCAAUUUCAUAAACAAUCAACUCUCUGCUACCCGCCAAUUCAAACCCUUAGUUAAAUCUUUCAUCUCAAACCCUAAUCCCCAAUUCCAAACGAUGUCGCUUUACAAGACCAAUUUCUUCGACCCUCAAUCAGCGGCGGAGAAAGCGGUAUCGGUAAUUGGGUACGGAUACGAUCUCACUUGCGACCUCCGGUUAACCGGAUGCAAACCCGGUCCAUCCGGGUCAACCCUCAUCGAACUCGGUGGAACCCUAACCCAGGACUUGGUGGUUCCCGGCGGCGUCGUUGUUCCCAAUGUUUCUCCGGCGAUUAAGUGCGAUAAAGGUGAACGCACUCGAUUUCAUUCCGAUGUUCUUUCAUUCAAUCAAAUGUCAGAGCAGUUUAAUCAGGAACUAUCUUUAUCUGGUAAGAUACCAUCAGGGUUUUUCAAUUCAAUGUUUGGUUAUAAAGGAUGCUGGCAGAAAGACGCACCCGCAACGAAAAACCUUGCAUUUGAUGGUUGGAUUAUUUCGUUAUACAGUAUCGAGUUAGCGAAAACGCAGAUUGCGUUGUCUGAGAAAGUGAAGCAAGAAGUGCCGGCUUCAUGGGAUCCCGCUGCUCUUGCUGAUUUUAUCGACAAAUACGGUACCCAUGUUGUGGUUGGGGUCAAGAUGGGGGGUAAAGACGUAAUUUACCUAAAGCAACUGCAAAGUUCAGAUCUUGAGCCAACACAAGUGCAGAAUUUGUUAAAGCAAUUAGCAGAUGAUUGUAUUUCUGAACAUGUAUCCGAGCCUUCUGUUUCAGGAUCGGAUAAAUCAAAGGAUAAACGGGCUGUAGCGUGGGAUCUCCCUCCAGAACUCAUGAGUUCUUUAAGACCAUCUAUUGUUUCCCGGUCCAAGAAUGAUGAUCUAAUGAGCAUUCAUGUUCGCCGAGGAGGUAUUGAUAAAGGUCAAAGCCACAAAAGUUGGCUUUCAACUGUACCCCAAGCACCAAACGUCAUUUCCAUGUCGUUUGUUCCAAUCGUGGCACUUUUAAGCGGGGUUCGUGGUAGCGGUUUUCUAAGUCACGCCAUCAAUCUGUAUCUUAGAUAUAAACCACCGAUUGAGGAGCUCGAACAAUUUCUAGAGUUCCAGUUGCCGCGACAGUGGGCUCCAGCAUACGGCGAUCUCCCACUUGCUUCUAGACGCAAGAAAAACCCAUCCCCGUCACUUCAGUUCACCUUCUUGGGUCCUCGGCUCUAUGUUAAUACGGUCAAGGUCAAUUCUGAGAAUAGGCCAGUGACUGGGGUCCGCUUGUACUUAGAAGGACGGAAGAGUGAUCGGUUAGCCAUCCAUCUGCAACACCUAUCUUCGGUUCCUAAAAUGCUUGAACUCACUGAUGAUUUCAGCUACAAACCUAGUGACGAACCGAUUGAAAAAGGCUAUCUGGAGCCGGUCAAAUGGAGCAUAUUCUCUCACGUGUGCACCUUCCCGGUCGAGUACAACGAGGCUCUUAUUGAUGACUCGGCUUCCAUUGUCACCAAAGCUUGGUUUGAAGUCAAAGGCGUGGGUAUAAAAAAGGUUCUGUUUCUUCGGUUGGGAUAUUCAAUGGUCGGAUCGGGAAAGAUUCGACGGUCCGAAUGGGACGGGCCAUCCAUGAACUCUCGGAAGUCGGGGUUAAUGUCAACGCUAAUGAGCGCACCUUUUAGUAUCGGGCUUGGUACACCUGAACAAAAGCCCGUAAAGGUGGAAUUGAAUUCCGCCAUUUAUCCUGAUGGACCGCCUAUAAGAACGCCGAAAAUGUCGUCUUUUGUUGAUACUAAGGAAAUGAUGAGGGGACCGGAAGAUCCGCCGGGGUAUUGGGUGGUGACCGGAGCAAAGCUGUGUGUGGAGGGUGGUAGAAUUAGAGUGAAAGUUAAGUAUUCCUUGUUGACAAUAAUGUCCGAGGAUUCGAUGUUUAUGUGAGAAAAAAAGAUGUACAAUAAUAGUUGAAGGAUUAGAUAAUUGUUGUAAUUUUGUAUCAUCACUAAAUUAAUCAUCCUUAAUUUGUAAAUGCUGCAUUACUACCAAAGGUACAUUUUAUA